UAGUUUAACCAUUAUGUUUCGCUUCUAAAUUGUAUUGUUUCCUUUACAGGACCCGUCGGGGCACAGCCCCUUCUUAUGGUGCCCAGACGUCCCGGCUAUGGCACCAUGGGCAAACCUAUUAAAUUGCUGGCCAACUGCUUCCAAGUUGAAAUCCCAAAGAUUGAUGUCUACCUCUAUGAGGUGGAUAUUAAACCAGAUAAGUGUCCUCGGAGGGUGAACAGGGAGGUGGUGGACUCCAUGGUGCAACAUUUUAAAGUGACAAUAUUUGGGGACCGUAGACCAGUUUAUGAUGGGAAGAGAAGCCUUUAUACUGCCAAUCCGCUCCCUGUAGCAACCACUGGGGUAGAUUUGGAUGUAACAUUACCAGGAGAAGGUGGAAAAGAUCGUCCCUUCAAGGUGUCAAUAAAGUUUGUUUCUCGGGUGAGCUGGCACUUGCUGCAUGAAGUUUUGACAGGAAGAACCUUGCCUGAGCCUCUGGAAUUAGACAAACCAAUCAGCACUAACCCUGUUCAUGCUGUUGAUGUGGUGCUACGACACCUGCCCUCCAUGAAGUAUACCCCAGUGGGCCGAUCCUUUUUCUCUGCUCCAGAGGGCUAUGAUCACCCUUUGGGAGGGGGCAGAGAAGUAUGGUUUGGGUUCCAUCAGUCUGUUCGGCCUGCCAUGUGGAAAAUGAUGCUUAAUAUUGACGUUUCUGCCACUGCCUUCUACAAAGCACAACCUGUAAUUCAAUUCAUGUGUGAAGUUCUCGACAUUCAUAACAUUGAUGAACAACCAAGACCUCUGACUGAUUCUCAUCGGGUAAAAUUCACCAAAGAGAUAAAGGAAUGCAGCAUGUCUAACUGUACAGUGAGCAGCUGUCACUCUACUUCACCAACACAUCUCAGUCAUUGUAAUAGAAAUAGCCACUGUAAGAAAACACUGCAAGGUCUCAAGGUUGAAGUGACUCACUGUGGAACAAUGAGACGGAAAUACCGUGUUUGUAAUGUAACAAGGAGACCUGCCAGUCAUCAAACCUUCCCUUUACAGUUAGAAAAUGGCCAAACAGUUGAGAGAACGGUAGCACAGUACUUCAGAGAGAAGUAUAACCUCCAGCUGAAAUAUCCUCAUCUACCUUGUCUACAAGUGGGACAGGAGCAGAAACAUACUUACCUGCCUCUAGAAGUAUGUAACAUUGUGGCCGGUCAGCGAUGUAUCAAGAAGCUAACGGACAAUCAGACAUCAACUAUGAUAAAAGCAACAGCAAGAUCUGCACCAGAUAGACAAGAGGAAAUUAGCAGAUUGGUAAGAAGUGCAAAUUAUGAUGCAGAUCCAUUUGUUCAAGAGUUUCAGUUUAAAGUACGGGAUGAGAUGGCUCAUGUGACAGGACGUGUACUUCCAGCUCCAAUGUUGCAGUAUGGAGGACGGAAUCGAACAGUGGCAACCCCAAGCCAUGGUGUCUGGGAUAUGCGAGGGAAACAGUUUCACACUGGUGUUGAGAUCAAAAUGUGGGCCAUAGCUUGCUUUGCAACACAGAGACAAUGCAGAGAAGAAAUACUGAAGGGAUUUACAGAUCAGCUACGCAAGAUUUCAAAGGAUGCAGGGAUGCCAAUCCAAGGCCAGCCAUGUUUUUGCAAAUAUGCACAGGGUGCGGAUAGCGUGGAGCCGAUGUUCCGACACCUGAAAAACACCUAUUCAGGGCUCCAACUCAUCAUCGUCAUCCUGCCAGGAAAAACACCUGUGUACGCGGAGGUGAAACGUGUGGGAGAUACGCUGUUGGGGAUGGCCACACAGUGCGUUCAAGUCAAGAAUGUCAUAAAAACAUCUCCUCAGACUCUCUCAAACCUGUGCCUAAAGAUUAAUGUUAAAUUAGGAGGAAUCAACAACAUUCUUGUACCUCAUCAACGACCUUCUGUGUUCCAACAACCAGUGAUCUUCUUGGGAGCAGAUGUUACUCAUCCACCCGCUGGGGAUGGAAAGAAGCCUUCCAUUGCUGCUGUUGUAGGUAGUAUGGAUGCUCAUCCAAGCAGGUAUUGUGCCACAGUGAGAGUUCAAAGACCUCGGCAGGAGAUUAUCCAAGAUUUGGCCUCCAUGGUAAGAGAACUUCUCAUCCAGUUCUACAAGUCAACGCGAUUCAAACCCACGCGCAUCAUUUUCUACAGGGAUGGGGUUUCUGAAGGACAGUUUCGACAGGUGUUGUAUUAUGAGCUGCUAGCAAUUAGAGAGGCCUGCAUCAGUCUGGAGAAAGAUUACCAGCCAGGAAUAACAUACAUCGUCGUGCAGAAACGACAUCACACACGUUUGUUCUGUGCGGACAGAACUGAACGGGUUGGAAGAAGUGGCAACAUUCCAGCUGGAACAACUGUAGAUACAGAUAUUACACACCCAUAUGAGUUUGAUUUUUACCUCUGUAGCCAUGCUGGAAUACAGGGUACCAGCCGUCCCUCUCACUAUCAUGUUUUGUGGGAUGAUAACUGUUUUACUGCAGAUGAACUUCAGCUGCUGACUUACCAGCUCUGUCACACAUAUGUGCGUUGCACACGAUCUGUUUCUAUACCUGCACCAGCGUAUUAUGCUCACCUGGUAGCAUUCAGAGCAAGAUAUCAUCUUGUGGAUAAAGAACAUGACAGGUAAAUGAAAAUACAAGUGUUUAGAUUUAUGUUCUCUUUCAGCCCUCAGUCCAAAACCUUUUCCCUAUUGUCAGGCUUUAAACUAUCUAAUUGUAGUUUAGCAGUCCCCAAAUAUUUUCCCUGCAUGAACUCAUUUUCACAUGUACUCCUUCCUGCAACCCUAGACAUCCUGGCAAAUGCUGUUUAAAAAAGGCAUCUUCCUUGCAGCAUGACCUCACACACUCUCUCUCUAUUUUGUAUUACAAAGUGGCAUUCUAUGCACAGUGUGACCUUGCUCACAUAUGGUGUGAGAUCACAUUGCAUAGAGCAGGCGCUAGUCUGCAGAACAGCAAAGUGUCCUCCAGGCAGCAUGACAUCACAUGUACUAUGUAUAUGAUAUCAUGUUGUUCGAAAGAUACCAUUUUGCCAGAGGUGUAGCCAUGUUAAACUGUAACUUUUAAAAAUGAGUAGCCCUUUGGUACCUUCAA